CGGGUAGUGACGUCGGCUGGCCACGCCCCCUGUUGUCGUCCAUUCAUUCGGCGCGUGUGAACCGGGAAAAAGAUGGUGGAAAAGGAGGAGGCGGUGAUCAGUGAGGAGGAGGCCGCGCAGUAUGACCGGCAGAUCCGCCUCUGGGGGCUGGAGGCUCAGAGGAGGCUCAGAACAUCUAAGGUCCUCCUGGUGGGGCUGCGGGGACUGGGCGCUGAAGUGGCCAAGAAUCUCAUCCUGGCAGGAGUGAAGGGACUGACCAUGAUGGAUCAUCAGGAGGUAUGUGAGGAGGACUCCCGCGCUCAGUUCCUGAUCCCAACUGGAUCUCUUGGUUGCAACAGAGCAGAAGCCUCCCUGGUGCGGGCGCAGAAUCUCAAUCCGAUGGUAGAGGUGACAGUGAAUAAAGACAACAUUGAGGAGAAAGAGGAAGACUUCUUUAAGGAUUUUGAUGCAGUAUGUCUGACCUGCUGUUCCCGGGACCUUCUAGUGAAGGUGAACCAGAUCUGCCACAAAAGGGGCAUCAAGUUUUUCAUGGGGGAUGUUUUUGGCUAUCACGGAUACAUGUUCGCUGACCUUGGAGAGCAUGAGUUUGUUGAGGAGAAGUUGAAAGUCGCGAAAACCAGUCAGGACUCCGAAGACGGCCCAGAAGCUAAAAAGCCUAAGACUGAUCCUACUGAAAGCACAAUGAUCAAAAAGAAAAUCGAGUUCUGCCAGUUGAAGGACGCCCUGGAAAUCGACUGGAACAGCGAGAAAGCCAAAGCUGCGCUGAAGAAAACCCCUGCCGAUUACUUCCUUCUGCAAGUUAUAAUGAAGUUCCGCACUGACAAAGGAAGAGACCCCCAGCCAAGUAGCUUCCAAGAAGACUGUGAAGUGUUACUUCAGAUCCGCAAUGACCUGCUGGACUCCAUAGGUGUUAACCCCGAUCUGCUGCCAGAAGACUUUGCAAGCUAUUGCUUUUCAGAGAUGGCUCCUGUCUGUGCAGUUGUGGGAGGUGUCCUGGGCCAGGAGUUAGUAAAGGCCCUUUCCCAGCGAGAUUCUCCACACAAUAACUUCUUUUUCUUUGACGGGCUGAAGAGUAGCGGCAUUGUUGACUGUUUUGGCGCCAAAUGAUGAAGGACCCGCGCUGGUUAUGAUUGGUUAUGUAUUAGGGGGUUAGCAGAUUUGUGACAUUUGGACCAAUAUAACUGCACUUUGUAGAUCCAGUAACUCACUGUUCCUGCUCAUUCAUCCUCUGGGUGUCCGUGUAGAAGAAUAAAAAGUUGCCGUGUAGCCCAGCACGCACGUCUCCGAGCUGUUAUACCAUCAUCGGUUCUCCCAUCUUUAGAUGAAGGAUUUCGACGAACACCAGCUCUGUGGAACCAGAAUAUGAAUGUCACAUGUGAUCUCCCUUUUUUUCCCUUUUUUUUUCCCUUCAUUUUUAUAAGCUUGUUAAAUGUAUUUUUGCUCUUCUGAUUUAUUUUUUAAUUUUCAAUAAAAUCCAAUAAGUAAAAUG